GCGCCUAUGUCAGCGGCCGGCCGCGGCGGCACCGCCACUCGUACUGCGGUGAUCGACCGACCAACGCGCUUUUGAAAAUCGAACCGGAGAUGACAGAUUGAUUUUUUAUAUAUUUUUUUUUUAAAUUAUGUGGCUUUGGGUUCUUUGCGUGGCCACGGCCGCGGUGUUUUCGGCGGAAGGCGCAGGCGCCGGCGCCGCCCGCCUAGUCUGUUAUGUGGAGAGAGCGCGCGCUUCGGACUUCGCGGAGUGCACGCAUCUUGUCUACACGGGCGACGCUAGAGGAGAAAAACUCGACGCACUGCUAAAGGACUAUCGGAAAAACAAUCCCAGGCUCAAAAUUGUGUUGCGAGUUUCGGAGGUUGACAAGAACCUUCCCGAUCUCCUCAAGUCGAAGCACAUACAAGGUCUAGAAAUCCACGAUGCUCACAAAUCCUUCAACAAGUCCAAAGUGCUCGAGACAGUGGAAGCAGCUAGAGAUGCCAUCACCUCUUCGGGAGGUGGGCCUCUGUUCCUGGCAUUACCAGCGCACCCUGAACUCCUGGCGAAGUACUACGAUCUCCGAGCGUUGAUGAAGAAAGUCGAUCUGUUGAUGGUACAGACACACGCUCUGGGACUGGUGAAGAAGAUGACGUACCAUCCUAGUCGGUUGAGUGGCUUGUGGGAUAUGAUGAACACUGAUUCAGUAGUAGACCUCGUCGUUGGUUUGGGAGUUCCCGCCUCCAAAGUCGUAAUCAGCCUACCAGCCACAGCCAGACAGUUCACUCUCCAAAACGAAACUCUCAGUACUCCGGGAAGUCCUACCGAAGAAGACGAUCCCAAGGAAAUCGACCAGGCCGAAGUCUGCAGACUGUUGCGCAAAGGAAGGUGGACUCUUGAAAGGGACCAAGAUCUGUCAGCGCCUUAUGCUUUUAAGGACAAGACCUGGAUCUCAUUUGAAGACGCUUCAUCAGUGGACGUGAAAGGCAAAUACGCGCGUGUGAGAGGCCUCGCUGGCCUGGCUCUGUACAAGGCUGACCACGACUCCGAUACCCCCUGUGGACCGACCCUGAGGACCGCAUUGACCAAAGUGUUGAACCAGCAGAGCAGAGCGCCUAGGGCAGCUGUAUUGAGAUCUCUGGAAAACGAAAUCCUAUCAGCGCCGGGUGUAGUUGGUCGAGCAUUGGACGCUCUGCAAGUCUCCCCCUACCGCAUUACGCAAAUUGUCGACUCCGAUGGCGUCAUUCAUUCGAUCCGAGAGGAUACACGAACCGAAUUCUCCUGCUCACGACAAGGAUACUUCGUGCAUCCUCGCUCCUGCGCCAGAUUCUACCGUUGUGUUAAGUUUGAUCAACUGUCACCAGAAUACACUGUAUUCGAGUUCGACUGUCCCGAAGGUCUGGCGUUCGACUCCCGCUACGAGGUGUGCGUAUGGCCCGGCAGCUUGCCGCACUCCCAGGCCUGUCCAGGCUCGUCGGAGAUUGCUCCUGUGCCGCGGACACGGUUUAUUUGUCCUGAUCAUGAAGGUUACUACGCCGACCCAGAGAACUGUCGCUGGUUCUUCGCGUGUCUGGACCACGGGAAGGCGCCUCUGACCGCGUACGAGUUCCGCUGCCCCUUCGGUCUCGGGUUCGAUGCCGCGCGCCUCAAGUGCGAGUGGCCGUGGCUGGUGCCGGCCUGUGGGAACAUUGCGAGAUACGAAGCCGAGGCGUUCGGCUUCUCCGGUGCCGCUCUUACUGGUGCUACUGGAUUCCAAGGAAAGACUGCAGACUCUGUGAACAUUGCAGCUCAUCAGAGUUUAGUAUCUGGAGCUUCAUUUGAUAACCUCGUAGGCAUUCAGAGCGGAUUUUUAUCUAAGGAUGACGUUCUUGAUACGAAUUAUAUUGCUUCCCAAGAAGCUGCUAAUUUAGGGUUCGCUGGACCGGGCACUUACCAAAUUGAUGAUGACUUUGCUAUCGGUAGUCAUGGAGAACCUAGUGGACAUUCAUAUAAUAUAGUUGCAGCAGAUGACAUCAACAAGGGCCUCGGACUCGUACAAACCACAAAUUAUAAUGGAGGAGAGAAAUAUACAAGCGGUUCUUUAAUUCUAGACGACUACAGACUCCCAGCUAAUAGGGCGAGUACCAUUAGUGCUUCUCAAAGGCUAACCGCCAAGGCAGGAGGCGAUUCAGGAAAAUACAGAGGAAACAAUGCUUAUGUAGGUGCAUCGCCGAAAUAUGAUAGUCGGUUCAACUCUGGGGCAUACUACCGUAAAGAUAAUUCUGGUAAAUAUGUCCAUAAUCCUACAGGAGAUCGCGCAAAACCGUACGACCAUUUGGUUGUUCCUGCAGUACCUUACACUCACGUUGACACCAAAUACACACAAAGCGAUGCGUUUGACGCUGGAAAAUACAAAGGAACUACAGACAGCGGUUCGUAUAGUCAAAGUUUUUCAGGAGGUUAUGAUUAUCCAAAGCCCGCCGUCGCAUUUAAUGAGGAGCCGGGACAGUAUCAAAGUCUGUAUAAGAUCGAAGGACAACUCGAUGCAUAUACCAGUGGUACGACUGGAACUACUAGUGCUGGUACAAGCACUUAUUAUGGCAGUUAUAGUAGUGGAAAUGUUGGUGAAUAUGUCAGUGACGAUAAAGAUUAUACAAGUGCUCCUCACGUUUUAACUGCUGGGGCCGUAAGAGUGGGUCUUGUUGGAAAAACUUCAUUGGUUGACACUAAUUACGCAGAUCAAGGUAACUAUCAAAGCCAAUCUUAUAGUCAAGAUGUAGUCCAUCAAACUAAUGUUGCUGAACCUGCUGUUUCUAUAACCCAAUUUGGGACCACAGCUCAAAAUGACGGUUACAGUUAUGUUACCAACCCAACAUCCUCUGGAGUUCCAACAACUGCAACUCCUUUGCCUUUUACGACAUAUAAAACUACAUAUGUACCUACAGUGCCAAAAACUAGUAUCAAACAAGUAUUUGGCUAUACUCAACCAGCCGUCACUUUCGUUCAACCUACAUUGAUACCGGUGAAACAAGUCACACCUCAGAUUCAAGUUACUGACUAUAAUCAAGGUCAAGGCUAUGAGUAUGAAAAUAAGGAUUACUCUUCUACAUACAAUGCUGGAACAACAGGAUACGAUUACACAAAGCCUGCCGUUAAGUUUGAAGAUGGCGGUUCAUAUACUACAGCAACUCCAUCGGCUACUGUGAUUUCUUACAAACCUCAAGGAUUUGGACAUCAGCAACAAACAAUACAUAAAGUAGAAUCUGUUGGCUUUGAAUACUCAACCCCAAGACCUGUUACUGAGCAGCCAUUUAGAAAACUAGUAGCUUACACCACUGGCAUACCAGAAACUUAUGUCCAACCAACAGCUCAGUCUUACAGUCAUCAAACUUUGCACAAAGUUGAAUCUGGUAAAGUUUAUACUCCAACGGUUGAUGUGUCUAGUCAAAUUACUAAUACUGCUAUCAACUAUGAAGUUCCACAGACAGUCAUACAAUAUUCAACACCUCAGCCAGCAAUUUCCGUUCAACCUGCAGUUUCUACGUAUCAGCCACAAUCAUACAGCCAACAAACAUUACACACAGUUGAUAACAGUAAAAUUAAUACGUAUUCUCAGAGUCAACAAGCGCAAGGUUACGAAUACCAACAGCCAAGUGCUUACAUACAAAGCUCAGGUGUUGAAUACUCUACAGCAUCUCCUUCAGUUUCGUACAAACCUCAGAGUUAUAGCUCUCAAACGAUACAGACAUAUAAUACACAGCAAUAUGUGCCAGUAUCAUCUACGCCACGCCCUGUAACACCUACCCCUGUGACAGUUUAUGAAAACCCCCUUCUCAAAUAUACAGUAAAAGCAACGCCGGCAACGUACGUUAACCCUGCGUAUACCUCUCAAGCAUUCAGCCAACAAACUAUUCACAGAGAAGAUAGCAAAUCUGCAGUAGGUGGAUCAAAUGGAUAUGAAUAUGUAUCAGGUACCACAUACGAACAACCCCAGACAACUAUUUACACGACUGCCAAACCAAGUAUUGCAGUGGAACCUCAAACUUAUAGUCAACAAACUUUACAUCAGGUCGAUGCUAGCCAAGUUAAUACUUAUGAAGGUUCAUCAAAUUCAGGUUAUGAAUAUGCACAACCAGCUAUCAGAUUUGAACAAAAGUUUGUAUCAACGACACCUGCACCAAUUGUUACUUCAACGUAUAGGCCUCAAACAUAUAGAAAUAGACAAAAGGUCGUUUCAACAACAGCAUCUCCAGGUUUACUAUAUCAAUUGACCGAUGUUAGUUUAAACGAAAAUCCACUGCUAACGUACUCGCAAAAGGUUGAGCCUGUAACAUAUGUAAAACCAACUCCAUCGGUGUUUACUCAAACAUAUCAACCUGUACAGCAAACUAGGACAAGCUAUGUCACAAGACCAACUGAAUACGAAGCUACAGCACAACAAUCUUAUGUAAGUCAAGGUGGUUACUCUUACAGUCAACCAGAAUCCAAUGUUGCAUCUUCUAAUACAGCAAGUUAUUCAGAUGCAAGCGCUGUGUCCCACCAGGUGUUCCAUCAAUCCCAAAGCAGUGGAAAUGCUCAAUACCAAACUGGUAAAGAUAUUGUGUUUGUCUCAACAACGCCAUCUACACUAGUAUACGAAGAUCAUUAUGCCGAAUAUGAAGGUCCUAAGAAAGUUAACUCAUACAAAGCACCAGAUUAUUUACCUCCCAAACAAGAGUAUCAAGAAGUUACCUUCUCAACCGCUUCAACUCCAAUCUCCGAUCAAAGAAGCUCAUAUAUCAAUACUCAAGAUCAGUACGAUUACAGGCCAGCCGAUUACUCUCAACAAUUUGAAAGUUCAGCGCAAUUUAUAGAUACAAAGUCAAAUUCUGGAUCCUCUCAGUCCGUAGAAUCUGUUCAAUUUGCUUCGAUUCCUGAAACAAAGACUACUUAUCAAUAUAAUCAAGCUGAUUACCAAUCCCCCGAAGUACAGGUAGCUUACAAAGCAGAGGAAUAUUUGCCACCAGUUGUAUCAACUGAAACACCUGUAACAUCUACUUAUAGACCGCGUACUUACUCAACGACACGGGAAUAUUUACCCCCUACCACCAAAUCGAAAUAUAAUGCACCUGAAUAUUUGCCUCCAGUGGAUACUUAUAUAACACAAUCAACGGCUAAACCUGAAGUGAGCCCAUUAGAAUAUUUACCACCCUCAGGACAAACUGUAUCUCGUGUAGUAAGUUACGAGCGCUUUGGAUACAAUAACGGUGAAUCAUUAGAAUCUGAUUCUAGAUUUGGUACAUAUCAAGAUUACUCUGUACCAAGCGAAACACCUAUCAUAGUUUCGAGUACGGCAGCACCAGUUACAAGAAAACAAAACAUUGUUGUUGAAACUGCAAAGUCUAAUUUACUAGGGUUUGGCACUGUAGGCCCAGACGCCGGUUUAGUAUCAACAACUUAUACCACUGCACAACCUGCCGUAUCAAAUACUAAUAACUACUAUUUACCUCCUAAAACUGUCUCAACAACCUAUACCCCUGAGAUCGUUGAAGUCACGUCAGCACCUAGAAGGACAAAGACGAAAUAUUUAAGACCAAUUGCUAAAUCCACAACGGAACCAAACUAUUACGUCGAGUCUACAACAACAUAUCGAGCCCCAGAGUACUUACCUCCAUCAGAAGAUAACUUCCAAGAAAAUAUCGAAUCGUACAGAUACAAAAGUACAGCGGCUCCUACUAUUAACUAUAACCCAUAUCAGGAACAAGUAGUAGUAUCAACUACAUCAGUACCGAAAAGAAAGCAAAAUAUAGUAGUUGAAACAGCUAAAUCUCAGUUGCUUGGUUUUGGUUCAGUUGGUACCGAUGCUGGGUUAGUUUCGACAGGCUCUUAUUCAACACCGGGAACAGUUGAAGUAUCUUAUUCAACGGUUCCAGUUAAACAGGAAAUUAUUGAAGUGACUUCUCCCAGAGCACCCCUUAGAAGAACCAAACCAAAAGUCGCCGUUGUUACAAAAAUAAAUGAUUUCAACCCACUUUUAGUGAAGAAGUUAGGAGCUGUGUGUAGUUGCCAAUCACCUGUAUUAGUACUUAAGGGAAGAAGACCUUCAGUUCCAGAGCAAGAUAUUGACAAUUACAGCAAUGGAUAUGACGAUUCAGAAAGAGGAGAUAUUAAUGAAAACUCUUGGGCUCAAAAAGCAAUAAGAGUUUCUACUGAUCCAUCUAUAAGCACAGUGACUACUGUGUCACCUGUUACAUCUACUUUCAAUCCAAUUAUUGUUCCUGACGAUUCAUUCUAUCAAGAUUAUCAGGAUUCCAAUUACAACAUUCCAGCAGCUUCUGCUAGAAAAGACUAUUCUGAAAGUUAUGUAUCAAGCACACCCGUUAUUUCAACAACAGAAAGAGUCAGAAUAAAACCGCGCGUUAAAGCUGUAACUGUUGCUCCAACUUACAAAACCGUUUUAUUAGGCGAAAGUGUUACUCCUGAAGCGAGAGAAGAAUCAAAGGGCACUGUAACUGUUGAUUCACGAUCAUUUGAUCGAUAUGGUCCUGGUGGGUGGAGAAGCAGAGACGAAACGCUUCAGGGUUCGAUUGACUGUCAAAGAGCAGGUUUAUUCCGUCAUCCAAAACAAUGUAACAAAUUCUAUGCUUGUAGAUGGGACUGUACUAAGCAAAGAUUUACACUUCACAUCUUUAACUGCCCGAUCCAGCUAAGUUUUGAUCCAAACCUAGGUGCUUGCAACUGGCCCAGCCAGGGACCCGCUUGUCAAGGCGACACACUCCUGACCAAUUCUCUUUAAUAACGGUACAGACAUAACUACUAAUCUCAACGUGCCAUCAAAAUUGUGAUAGAUGUGAUCACGAAAAUCCUACGGUAUUUAAUUUGUAUCUUGCGUAAUUAAUAGGUUGUCUCUCUUUUUUAAUUCUCUAGGCUUAUUUAUUUGUUUGAUUGUUUUAAUGUUAAUUCAUAGUUAUUUAUUACUCAUGCUCUUUUGAAGCUUGUGCUCACAAAGCAUAACGAUUUCGGCAUUGAUUGAACAUAAGUUACCAUUGUCUAGUUCAUUUAGUAUAUGACGUUUUGUGAAGUUGAAGAGUCAUUAUUACAUUUCUAUAAAACGCUAUAAUGUAAAUAUAUCAUUUUAUUCAUUUA